AUUGGUAGUCAUAUCAAUUCACGGUAUCUCCAGUUUUAUUGUAGCGAGUGAUACCCUAUGCUGCGUCGCAACGCAUAAAUUCCAGAAGAGAGGGAGGCCUUGGAAGGGCGCGCCGCCGUCGCCAACGGCUUAUAAUAGCUGCCACAACCAAAAUUUAAAUUAAGACGCGGUACUGUACUGUAUGAUCGUAUAGUGCACAUCCCACCAUAUAACCAACAUGGCAUAACAGCCAUCCCUCCUCCAACCCUCCAACCCUUUCUCCCUCCACUCAUUCACGACGACAGAACGACCAGACUCACCCUCUAAAGAAAGAGAAAGAGAAAGAGAAAGAGAAAGAGAAAGAGAAAAGAGAAAAGAGAAAAGAGAAGGGAAAGGGAAACUCUGGACAGGAACCCUCAUUCGGAAGAACUCCAAAGCAUCACAAAUCCCCCUCUCACCCACAGCCAAAAUGUUUGCCAUAGUCUGUCCCGGUCGACCCGGUAUCAUACUCCCCUUCCGCUCCCCUUCCCGCUCCGGACCACGCUAACACAGCCAAGUGCAAACCCCCCUCCACUCCUUGACCCCAACGACCUUUGUCCACCGACUCCAGCUCCCGAUAAACCACAUAGUGGUCUUCCUCCUGCCGGACACGCACCUGCCGGUCACCCACGCGGCCAGCGUGCACAUACAGUUCCCCGACCAGCCGUUUCGCAUGCUGGGCGCUAUAUCUGCCGCUAAGCCGAGUGCUAUCUUUCGCCUCGAUGCAAAGGCGUUGCAGGGCGACGUCAUGGUUGGGGUUAGCAUCGAGGAGAUAGGGAGUGUUGCUACGCGGAUUGGGGAGGUGAACACGGGAGCGGGCGGCGGGAAGGGAAGGCAGGUCGGGACGCUGGUUCUGGCUAGGAGGAUUAUUCGGGAUGCGUUUAAUUUUUUGAGUUCGUUUGCUGCUAGUGGGGCCGUUGGGGAGGAGAUGGUCCCGUUGAAGGCUUUUAGUGAUUGGUGGGUCAAGUUCGAGAAGAAGGUUGAGCUGGAUCCGGGGUUUUUGGAGAGGGAGGGGGACGAUUGAGCUGAGAGAAUAACGUUCGUAUACCCGAGUAAUUGUUUAGGUUUUCUGGGGGGGUAAUGGCUCAAUCCAAAAGUGCUUUAGAUGGGGGGAGGUAUUUUCCUUGUUGCUCCCAAUCCUUAAUGACAAAGGUGAGGGUGAAAACCCUUGAUACGGUACGGUAUAAUAAAAAUAUCUUUUCCUUUUUG